GGCGGAACGGACUGGGGUUGCCAGUGCCAUGGCAAUUGCCCCCGCUCCAGCAGGAGCCGGGGAAGUGGAGGAGGGAGAAGAAGAAGCGGGAAGUCCUUCACUGCCUGCUCUGUGCGCCGCUGCCGGCGGUGUCCCUGCACGGCGGCCGCUGCCUUAGCCCCGGCGCUGGGGCAAGGGCUGGGACUGGCCCCUCCGCGUGAGCCCGCAGAGAGGAUGUGGCGCUUCUAGCCAACGUCCCCCGGGCUCCGGCCAAGAUGGGUUCCUAUCUUGUUAAUGCAACAUUCCAGUCCAAAAUAACAGAAAGGGAAGAUAUUAUUGUUGGAAUGAUUUAUACAGUGUUUGGAAUAUGCUCCUUGUGUGGCAACAGUAUUCUUCUGUAUGUUUCCUACAAGAAAAAGAAUUUACUAAAACCAGCAGAAUACUUCAUGAUCAACCUUGCCAUCAGUGACCUUGGUAUGACUCUGACCUUGUGCCCUCUAGCUGUUGCAUCCAGCCUUUCUCACAGAUGGCUGUAUGGUAAACAAGUUUGCUUGUUCUAUGCAUUUUGUGGUGUACUUUUUGGAAUCUGCAGUCUGUCAACACUAACAUUACUGAGUACUGUGUGCUGCCUCAAAAUUUGUUUUCCAGCUUAUGGGAACAGAUUUAGGCAAGAACAUGGACGAAUCCUGAUAGCCUGCGCAUGGGCCUAUGCAGCAAUUUUUGCCUGUUCACUCCUAGCUCACUGGGGAGAGUAUGGAGCAGAGCCCUAUGGUACAGCUUGUUGCAUUGACUGGCAUUCAUCAAAUGUAAACACAGUGGCAAUGUCUUACACCGUAGCUCUCUUUGUCUUCUGCUUUAUCAUCCCCUGUGGGGUAAUUGUUACAUCCUAUACCUUCAUUCUGAUAACUGUCAAAGAAUCCAGAAAAGCAGUGGAACAGCAUGUCUCAGGUCCCACCAGGAUGAGCAACGUGCAGGCUAUUACAGUCAAGAUGAGCAUUGCUGUAUGCAUUGGAUUUUUUGCUGCCUGGAGCCCCUAUGCCAUCAUAGCCAUGUGGGCAGCCUUUGGAUCCAUAGAAGGGAUUCCUCCACUAGCCUUUGCUGUGCCAGCUGUCUUUGCAAAGUCCUCAACACUCUACAACCCAGUUACCUAUCUUCUUCUGAAGCCCAAUUUCCGAAGCACCCUUGCCAAAGAUUUUGGAGUUCUCCAGCAAUUAUGCAUCAGGACUUGUUUUUGCCUCAAGGCCCUACCGAGCUGUAGUUACAGGUCAGUUCUGGAAAUCAGCCUGAAAUCAUUUAAAGGGAGAAAUGAGUCCAGCUGUAACUCAGUGCAGACAGUAGAAGGAUGUUCUUACUUCCCUUGUGAAAAGUGCAAUGAUACUUUCGAAUGCUUUAAGAACUAUCCAAAAUGCUGCCAGAAGAGGUUAGGCACUAUGGAAUAUACUCCUCAAGAAAGUGUAUCUUUGGAGAGUAGUCUCCAAGCAAAAUGGAAGCAGGAUGCCAAGAAAUCUGUAAAGGUGGUUGUUCAAGGAGAAAAAAGCACCCAAAAUGAUAACUUUGAAAUCACCUUGGAAACAAUACCUGCACGCAGCAGAUUUGCAAAUCUGUAGAGCCUGGAGGGUUUCAUUUAAGAAACAAUAAAGUAAUGGUAUCAGACUUCUGAAUGUAACCUUUUCUAAACAGCCCACCCACUGCCCAUUUUCUAUACAGUUUUCCUGAUUCCCUCACAUGUCCUUUGAUAGAAUGCCUAAUGGAGCAUGAACUUGUUAAAAAGGAUGUUUGAUUCUCACAAUGCAGACUUCAGUAAGUAUCUUGUGCUAACUGUAUUCAAACAGUUCUAUUGCAAUUAAUCUCCUUCCCACUUUGAGUUUCGGAGCUCUUGUUUACUUUGUUUUCAAGGAAACAGACCCCUGGGUACUAUGAAGACAUUUCUGUGAGGUGUUGUUGUUCUUUCUAAAAGUUGUAUGUUUUAUAUUCUGUACACUCAAGACAAAUAGCAUAAUGCAUAUAAGAAUUUUAAAAAGACAACCUCAUGCUGUUCUAACUGUAACAGAAAUUAAAAAGUAGAUGCUGUAUGAAAUGCCUAUUUUCCAAAAAGCCCUGGAGAAUAAUCAUGUAUUCUGCUUUCAAUGUUGGUAGCAAAGAUAUUGUUAGGUUUCAGAGUAGCAGCCGUGUUAGUCUGUAUCCGCAAAAAGAACAGAAGUACUUGUGGCACCUUAGAGACUAACAAAUUUAACUAACAGAUAAUGUUGUUCCUUACCAUGAAGAGACAAAGAGGCAGCUUUUGCUCCAAUUUAUGCUGGAGUAAAAUCAGAGUAACUCUGAUUUUUAAACAGAUAUACUCCAUAUUUACGCUGGUGUAACUGGCAGGAAUUUGACCCAGAAAUGUCAAAAUAAUAGUCCCAGUUUUCUAAUAAGGACCUUGGAAUAACUGGGGUGAAGAAAAGGAGUAGAGAGAACUCAAAGGGUGAGAAUCUGGAUAAUUUGGUAAGCUGGGCUCAAGCAAACAAUAUGAGUUUUAAUACAGCCAAAUGUAAACGUACUCAUCUAGGAACAAAGAAUGCAGGCCAUACUUAACAGAUGGAGAACUCUAUUCUGGGGAGCAGUGACUCUGAAUGUUUUUUGGGGGGUUAUGGUAGAUAAUCAGCUGAAAAUGAACUCCCAGUACAAAACUGUGACCAAAAGCAUCCUUGGAUGCAUAAACAGACAAAUGUCAAGCUGGAGUAGAGAAGUUAUUUUACUUCUGUUUUUGGCACCAGUGUGACCACUGCUGAAAUACUGUGUCCAGUCUGGUACCCACAAUUCAAGAAGGAUGUUGAUAAAUUGGAGAGGGUUCAGCAAAGAGCCAUGUGAAUUAUUAAAGGAUUGGCAAAUAUGCCUUAUAGUGAUAGACUUAAGGAGCUCAAUCUAUUUAGCUUAACAAAGAGAUGGUUAAGGAGUAACCUGAUCAUAGUCUAUAAGUACCUAAGUGGGGAACAGAAAUUUGAUAAAGGGCUCUUCAGUCUAGCAGAAAAAGGUAUAACACGAUCCAAAGGCUAGAAGUUGAAUCUAGAUAAAUUUAGAUAGGAAAAUAAAGAGUAAGUUUUUUACAAUGAGGAUAAUUAACCCUCUUACCAAGGAUUAUGGUGGAGUCUUCAUCACUGUAAAUCUUCAAAUCAAGAUUGGAUUACUUUUUUAAAGAUAUUCUUUAGUUCAAACAGGAAUUACUUUGGGGAAGUUCUAUGGCAUGUCUGAUACAGGAAGUAAGACCAGAUGAUCAUAAUGAUCUCUUCUGGCCUUAGGAUCUAUGAAUAUCAGAUGGUGUAAAUCAGUGCAGCUUUGCACUGAUAUUGAGAAGCUGCACAGUUUUACACCAGCUGAAGAUCUGGUGCCUAUGAUGCCAGGGUUUUCUGUUUGGUUUACAAUCUUAGUCUUAGUGGAUAGAAAUACACACAGUUUUUUCUUUGUGUUUGUUCCCAGUCUCUCUUAUCUCCUCCUUUCUUAUUAUCCUUCCUCCUCAGUGGUGCUCCAUUUUGCAACACAUUAUAGAUCUCUGUCAGGGUUUGCAGCUGCAGAAGUUAUGAUGUUCACUUGCUUGACCCUGGUGUUGUGGUUUUUGUUUUUCCGGAGAUAGGAGAGAGAGCAAAAAAAGAAGGGACUUCUAAAACCUAGGGUUGCCAACAUUGUAUUUCAAAAGUAAGGGACUGUUUUCUUAGCACCUCAUGCCCCACCUCUCAUCCCACUAAUUAUUAUUAUCAUUAUUAUUAUUUAUUAAUAAGCAUGACUCACUUACAUUCACCAGGGGUAUUUCUUGCUGCUUUUUGCAGCACUCAGCAACUCCUGAUCCUGUUGUACAGAGAUAAAAAAAAUAAGGGACAUCACUUGUCAUAAGGGACUGUUGGCAACCCUACUGACACCCCUACUAGUGAGUGUAGUGGGCUGGGGAGGAGGUUGGGUCACCUAACAUCACCACCACCCUUUUUUCUAUACUGCCACACCAGUUCAUGCUCAGUCAACAGGAAGUGCUAUAUUAUUUCCUGUCAUGGAAGCAGAGGGCACCCUGACAGUGCCAGGCUACCAUCUUGGUCAGGCCACGGCCCUGUGGUUCAAGUAUGCAGCCAUCAUUAUUUAAUAUUUAUAUUGCAGUGGUGCUCAGAGGCCUGUCUCAGGAUUGAUGCUGAAUUGUGCUAGGUUCUGUAUAAACAUACACAAAGCUGCAGUCUCUGUCCCAAAGAACUUGCAAUCCAAAAGUUAGUCUUACAUUCUUCAAGAGACACCGCCCAAACCAUCAGUGAAAUAAACUGCAUGUGUUUAGUUCUAUAAAUAACCACGUGGCACCAGCACGUUUUGUUGAAGUUUCUGUGGUGGCUGCAUACUUGAAUGCCAGUGACCUAACCAUUUAAACUCUACCAGUGAUUCUGAGUGAUCAUCAUCAUGUUCCCAUUAUGCCUCUAACGUUUAGGGCAGUGACGAAGCUCCUCCACUCCUGUUUGUUUAUGGCAAGUCUUUCAAUGACUCCCCCAGCUUGACUUCCACAGCUCUUCACCAUGUUGUUUUCAGGUGGCCUCGUUUUCACUUGCCUUCAGGUGUCCAUCUUAUUGCUACUCUGAUGAUGAAGUCAGUUUCCAGUCGAAGCACAUAAUUGAUCCAUCUCCAACGCCUCCUGGCAAUGAUGGUGCUCAAAUCCUCAUGACUGCACUGUGUCAAUAGAUCUUAGUUUGAGAUUGUUCAGGGCCAAAAGAUAGAGAGGAUUUUUCUGAGGCAGGUUGUAUGGACUGAAGACAGUUUAGACAUGUAAUACUUUCUCAUUCCCCAGCAUUCUGCACUAUAAAGUAAUGUUGAAAGUACACAGAUCUGAUUAAAUCUUGAGUUUGGUUUUGGUGGUGUAUUUUGAUGGUUUCCAGACUGUAUUCCCCCCUGAAAUUCUGAGUAAGCCGCUAUUUAAAUGGAUGUUAUUGCAACAGAUAGUAUACAGCUCGUUUACUUGGGACCUAUAGUGUGGCUUCUUGCCUUCUACUUAAACUGUCUCCCCCUUCAUCCUCCAUCUAUUCCCAUGUGCAUGAUGCUUUUGAUGUUUUUGCUAGUUUCCCAUAGUUGCAGAGAUUUUAAAAUUCCACAUGAGUAGCUGUUUGUUGCAGAGUCUAAAACAUUUAGAAUAUAUUAGAGAAAAAGCUUUGUGUGCGGCUAAAACACCACACCUCUUUAAGAGCCAUGCACUCUGUAAAUGAACUGUAUUGUUUUUUGAAGGAUGUGCAAAUUAAAACUGAAGUUUUGAUUAGCAUCACUGAGGUUAAGGGAAGUUCUGCCAUUGACUUCAAGUGGAAUAGGAUGAGGCCCUAAACUAAUUAUGGAUCCUGG